AUGGAACCCAAAGCCUUAACACGCAUAAUUUCCCACAAUUUCCCCAAAUUUCUUCUUUCUCCUACUCCCGCCUCCUUCUCCCUCCUGCCAUCUCUUCUUUCUCCAAAUUUUGUUCUGCUCCUUCCUCCUGCCCCUCCCUCCUCGCUCCUCCAUGCACGCAGCGCAAUCCUCCUGCCACUAAAUCUCAAGCCGCCGCCCAUAGCGUGUCCUCUCUGCAUCCAUGGCGAUCGCGGAUGCGCACAAUGGAGGCGUAGGCGCAAAAUUGAGUCUACACCACGACUCGGAUCUCAACCUCUCUAUCAGGAGGAGACCCAGCAGCAACAGCAGCAGAACCAUCAACACCAAUCACUUGCUUCUCAUUUUCACCUCUUACAUUUAGUGGAGAGUUUAGCGGAGGCCAUUGAAACUAGAUCCCGGGAUCAGCAAUCUGAUGCAUUGGUUAAUAAAUUGAACAACCACUUUGACAACUGCCAACAACUAUUGAACUCGAUAUCAGUAUCAAUUAACACAAAGGCCAUGACAGUUGAAGGGAAAAAACGAAAGCUGGAGGAAAGUAAGCAAUUGCUAAAUCAAAGGAGAGAUCUGAUUGCAAAGUAUAGCAGCUCUGUUGAAGUGCUUAUCAAAUCUGAGCCAUAA